UGCGUUUAUGUUUACAUAUUCAAAUAUCUUUCUUUGCUCAACGAGAUGCGAAAUCACAGAUAUAAAUAACACGCUUCGCGAAGAGAAAACGAAAAACGAAGACUUUCGUUUACGUUCAAAAUGAGUCGAUUUGGUAUCAAGAAAAUGCGUCGAAAACUAACGCAGUCUGUGCGAACUGCUUGUAAAUUUCGAUAUAUUGUUACGUACGAGUAUUUGGAAGUCAAGUCACAAGAAGACUGGUUUGUAUAUGAUAUUAUUUUGCGGAAGUAAAUGCACAAGGGUUUUGUAUCUAAGUUUGUUGUGCAAUAUUGAAUAUUUUAGCAAAUGUAAAAUCUACAUGUAAAGGUAUGCAGCAGUCUGUAUGUAUAAACGUAUAAAAAGUUGAUAUUCUCAUGGAAUUCAGAUUUGCUAACACACGGUUGAAAGUCUAAGAGCUGGCAUAUAUUAACUUAAUACUGGUAUCUAUGCAUUUAAUCUUGGCGUGUUAGUAUAGCUAAUUUGUCGUUAAGAUUACAUGUGAAUAUUGGUCUUUUCGGCUUUUGUAAAGUAUAUGUUAAGUCAUGUGAUUUAUUGCGUUUGUGUUAGUCAGCGUCUUUUAAACAAUAAGUUUGGCACACCAAUAUGAUGGCAAUAUCUCUUUAAUAAAAAAGUCAACCAACAAUCGUAGACUCGUAGUCAAGCAUUUUUCUUCAGCCUUAACUAGUUUCCAUAGAAUUUCAGGAGGCUAAAACCCUUGAAAAUGUAGCGAAUUGUGCAUAAUGUAUACAAUAAUUAACAAAAAUCCGCUUUUGCUCCGGUAAUUUUCCCCGACUAUGUAUACAAUAAGAGGCAUAGAAGACUAAAUUAAAAGUCGUAUUUAUCUUUGGAUUUGUAUAAUACGAUAGCUUUGGCGACGAACGUCAAGAUUGUGUGUAUUGUUUUGUUCACUAGGAAGCCGACUGAGUUGAAUAUAUUGUGGUUCCGGGGUCAUAGGACAAAAUCAUCAAUAAAGGUUGGAGUAACGAAUUGUUUUGUAUAUUGGUAUCAGUGUCUGUAUUGUAAAUUACUACAGAGACCUGUAAUUAAUAUAUUGCCUUCUCAACGAAGUGUUUAGUAUCCUGAUAAGGCGAAAAGAAUUCAAGAAAGUUCUUUAGAGUUGCACUCAGUCACGCUUACUUGAAUUGACCAUAGUUAAUAUAGAAGGUCUUCUAUAUUAACUAUGAAUUGACCCUGAAUUGACUUACGUUGCAAGACACCGGAAGUUAUGACGUAUUGCAUACAUAAUCAUUAGUUGAUUAACAUAAAUUGCUCUUCCGUAUAAUCUCAAUAUAUCACUGGAGUGAAAAUCCGUUCAUACUAUCUGCGGCUGACCAAUGUGGGAAAAUAACGUUUAUUUUUUCAUUAUAUAAUUAGUAGUCUUGUAUUUUGUGGCCAAUAAUUAAAUGGAAUAAUAUUUUCCCAUUUUUUUGACAAACAGUAAACUAUCCUUUCACCCAGUUUUUUUACUUAUAAUUUUUCAUUACCUUUCCAAUACAAAAAUUAUUAACAUAACAAAUAUGUUUCUUGGUCAGCCAUCAUGGGUCGUCCAAAUCCCAAACACCGUUACAAAAACUUCAACCUGUACAGCAAGAUGGAACCCACCUUACUCAGUUGACCUUAUUGUGACAUUAUACAAGGUAAAACUAGAGCUCAAAAUAAGUUUGCUUUGCUUGUACAUACUGGAUCAAUAAGAGGUGAUCACAACUGGCGCUCUAGGGAGGGCAGUUUGAAACUGAUAGAGCUAUCCAGUAUAAAUAAAGUUAGUUUAGUUUAGGUUUCUUCCUGUAGUAACACUGGAACAAUAAAAGAUGAUCCUCACUGGACCUCUAGAGAGAACAGUUUAUAACUGAUAGAGCUAUCUAGUAUAAAUAAAUAAAUAAAGUUAGUUUAGUUUAGGUUUCCUCCUGUAGUAACACUGGAUAUUCAAUAUAAGCCAGGGUGCAUUCCAUGUAAACUCUACACCGGAGAUACGCCAACAUGUACGAUCCUUUACGCCAAUAGGAGAUUUUCAAUUUUGGAGACUUAAAUCCAUGUUUUGAAUGCAUAUCAACAUCAUAUUCGUGUAGUUAUACUGUCAAUUUACAUGUGGCCAUGAAAUCAGGCACAAACUAAUCAUUUGUUUUGGAGUGAUCUCACGCCAUUAAGCCAACAAUUUUGUAACCUCACGCCGGAUAUAUCCGGCGUGGAGUGCAUGGAAUGCACACUGUAAUAUAAGGAGAACGGUUUAGAUCUGAUAAAGCUAUCCAGCAUAAAUAAAAUUAGUUUAGUUUAGGUUUCCUCCUGUGAUAAGUAAUUGAACUGUUGUAAAGUGUCUGAGAGCAACUUUAAAAUAAUUUUUUCAGGAUACGGCAGGCUCAACAUUCAAGAAAAAAGAUUAUAUGUUCGUCAUGGAAGAUGUGAGUGCAACUAAUUUCCAUCCAAAUAGUGCCAUCAGGGGCUUCAAUUUACAAAUAGAACCUCCGGCUAGUACCAUACCUUUAGCUAACGUUCUGUGCGAUAAACUUUGUAAAGUUAAACUUUAAAUUUAUUCUUGAAGAUUUGUGGUGCAAAGAGAAAAAAAUUGGCAAUAUUUCCUUGCAAUAUUGCCGCGUACGUGAGCAUGGAUGGCGACACGUAAGUAUAAUGAUGCUCUGGCCAUGGUUUGUGUGUUUUUUUAAGUUUAGAUAUAAGUAAUGAGAACCAUAUUGGUGUCCUAUUUACGCCACAAGAUAAAAAUGUAGUGUGAAAUAUGAUAGUGUGAAGGUCUCGUCUCGUGUUGUUGGCACAAUGCGUGCUUGUGAAAAAAAUUUUUGUAUUAGAUAAGCCUGAGAAUAAAAAAUAAAAAACCACUUGUAUAUGUAUAAAUGUAAACCUAAGAAAUGUAAGUGUGGGUGUAGACUUUUGGAACAAAAAUUGGAGAUGCGUGUGUGAAAUUGUAACGGUAAAAUAUCCUGUGGUGUAAAACUUUUUUUUAGAUCAUACUCGCGGAGUAUGAUCUCGCCGUACUAAAAAGCUUGUAUUGAGGCAUGUAAAAUAUAUAAGGCGAGAGGAGGAGAUAAUCAUGUGUGUAAAAUUCAGUAUCCCUGUACGCGGCGUUUCGUCCUUCAUGGACUCGUAGCAGGGAUUGGGGUUGGCAAUUGUGUGAGAAAGACAUGAGUACAUAGAAGCCGAUUUGGAAUAAAGAAAAAAGACAUAAAAAUUAGCAAUAUGUGUAUAUGACUAAGAAGAAAACCAGGAGAUACUUGGAGUUAAGAUGUUUUUAAUCUUUUCAUGUAGUUCAGACACAAACCACAAUAGUUUAUUGUAAAACGCUAUCUACACUGAACCUCACGUUUGAAAUGUAAGCGAGGGCGUCCAUGGCUUUCUCUCCUGUAGACAUGAUCUAGAGUUGGAAUUUAAAUCUCUGUCGAAGAAGAUUACUUCAGCGAAAUGUGGGUUGAAGAUAAAAUGCGAGUUUAUUAAAGAAGGCAGUGCAAUGUAAGUGAAGAAAUAGUCAAAUAUAGGGAUGGUUGCCUGACCAGCUACCCAGGUGAACUAAGUAUAAAUAAUCAUUUUCCAGAGAUGACGAUAUGCAGAGCAACUUCAGUCAUAUGAGCGAAGCCGAAGAGUUCUCGAGAAUGUCGGAACUUGCCGAAGUCAGCGACGAAGAUGAUUACGACUACGGAUAUGACGACAUCCCGGAGGAAGCGAGUGAACUGGAGCCAAGUGAAGAUGUUGAAUCGUGGCCUGAGGUCGACUUUAAAAGAACUGACCAAACAGAACCUUCCGCUGAUCAAAACGCAACGAAGGCGAAGUCUAAGCCGUAUGUAUAAAUCCCAUAAUCUUGACGUUUCGAAAAAAUAUUUCCCCUUCGAAAAAUAUUGUUGUGGAUUGCAAAGCGAAAAUGACUCCAAUCAAAUUCGGAAACAUUUUCCAAGUGUGAUUUUUGUUGCGGAAACAAUGUUUCCUCCUGGUUUGUCCACCUUCGGGAAAUAUGGUUAGAAAACAAUGUUUCCUGGUUUGCCCAUCUUUGGAAAACAUGGCUAGAAAACAAUUCUUCCUAGCUUGCCCACCUUUGGAAAACAUGGCUAGGAGACAAUGUUUCCUGGUUUGUUCACCUUCGGGAAACAUGGCUAGAAAACAAUGUUUCCUUGUUUGCCCACCUUUGGGAAACAUGGCUAGGAAACAAUGUUUCCUUGUUUGCCAACCAUUGAAAAACAUGGCUAGGAAACAAAUGUUUCCUGCUUUACCCACCUUUGGAAAACAUGACUAGGAAACAAUGUUUCCUGGUUUGUCCACCUUUGGGUAACGUGGGUAAGAAUGACAAUGUUUUUGCGACAAUAUUUUCCAUAACUAGUUUCCCAGGAGACCAAAUUAAACAAACUCUAUAUUACGUUAUGAUAAAGAUUUAGUCGAGUUAAGACGAUUCGUAAAGUGAUUAUAUUGUGCUUGUUUAUAGUUGGACCAAGUUUGUCGCAGACAUGAACUCGUUCGAGUGGCUAAGAAAUCCUUUAUCUUCGAGUACGAAGAAGAAGAGAAUUGCUGAACAGUUGAAAGAAAAUGCUGAAGGUUCGCUCAGGACGUUUUAUGAUUUGUAUUCUGUAUGUAGUUAAGGUAGAAGUCGCCAAUAAUUUUUCCUUGCGGCUUAAAACUAAAUUGCGACUUUUCAACAAGAUCUUUUCGCAACAGGCUUCUAGCAAGCUUGACAAUAAGCUGUAACAGUGCAUUUGUUAUUUCAUUAAGUCGCUACAAGAUUGUCACUCGCAACUAGUUGAGAAAUUGCUGAAUUACAGGACGAUAACAAGUUACAGUAUAUGGAUUAUACCAACUCUAUAUGCACUUUAAAGCUACACUGAUCGUAACUUAUGACUUAAUUUUGACUCUAUUUGAUAACAUAAGAAUCUGUUUUAAAAUUGUCUAAAUAAAAUAUUUUAGCUUAACAGGUUCUUAAAUUCUAGGUUUUUAUAUGAGGGGUUUAACUGUACCCUAACUUAGUAACUAGUAACAUGUUCCUCCUUUCAAUAAUAUUUUCUAGGCGAACAACAGCCCAGUACAAAGCACACAGAUGAAUACGAUUUACCUGAACCUCAGGACAAACAGUUGAUAAAAGUGAACAGCAUGGAUAGCCUCGACCGCGGUGACGUCACACCCGACGACGACGAUGACAUCAUUGAUGAGUCGGAUGAUUUCCUGGAAGAACACCGCGAUUCAACAGGAUCGCUGACCAGCCUACCAACGAGGAACGGUUUGAGGUCGUCUAUAAAGGAAACGUUCAAAAACGUUACGAGUAAAACAUCAUCCAAGGUAACAGAAUUAUUUCUAUCUGCUCUAAACUGUUCUGUCUAGACAUGUAGUCAGGCCAUCCGUUCGUGGUCCAGUGUUACUACAGGAGGAAACUUGAGUGCCCUGGGGAAACCUCCGGUAUUUGGUGGAGUCAAAUUUGAACCACUCAGUGACCCUUCUCACAUGUGACUGAGGUGAAAUUAUAAUCAGACAACUGUAUAUUGCAGGAACUGAACUCCGUUCACAGAUAUUAAAGACACGUGCACCAUAGUUAAUAGAAUUGGGAGGUUAGGGAACUCGAUGCAGACAUUAUUUAUGUUUUUGUAUUCUUGGUUUAUGCAAGAAAUGGUCGGUUUAUCGUCACGCGUGUAUUGUUUUUUCACCCAACCAACCAAUUAGCCAUUCCGAAGUUGAUGAGAGGACUGGGGACGAAUGCUAAAAAGUGCUCAAAUUAAGAAAUGAACCAAAUAAUUCAAAAGACCACCUCGAAAUUAGUAGGUAUACAAAGUUUGAAGACGUUUACAUGAAUACCCUUCGAAUAAUAAGCUUUCGAAAAUUGUGAAAUUACUGAUUAAAAGAUUGCGCCCAAAAACAAAAUUACGAUACAUUUUCAUAGCAAAUAUCGCGAUUUUCGAAAGCUUAGUAUUCAAAGGAUAUUCGUGUAAACGUUUUCAAACUUUGUGUACUUACUAUUUUUGAGGUGGCCUUUUUAGUGAUUUGGUUUCAUUUUUUAAUUUGAGCACUUUUUAACACUCGUCCCCAGGCACUCAUCAACUUCGGAAUGGCUAAUAGCAGUGUGUUGGUUUAAUUACCCAGUCGUGAUAUUACACAAUGGUUACAUGAAAACAUAGCUAUUGGUUGAGGAUGAACCGACCAUUUCUUGCAUAUAUGUCUGCAUCGAGUUUUCUAACCUUCUUAUUCGUGACUAUGCCUGUAGUACUUAUAAUGUAUAUGAUUUCUAAUCCUAAAUGUAUAUGUGAAGAAAUUGUUUAUUUCCUUAAUUGUGGGGUAUAAUACCCCACAAAUAAGGAAAUAAACAAUUUCUUCACAUAUACAUUUAGGAUUAGAAAUCAUAUACAUUAUAAGUCAGCAUUGUCUUGAUUUAAUUAAUGAAAUUAUGAUUACCGCAUGACAACAUAUCUAAAGACUACAGUAUAUUGUAUCAAAUAAUUAUGAGACUUCGAGAAUAGUUAGACAAUAUAACUAUACACAGGGCGAUUUUUGUGGUAACGGCUAUAUAAUCUAGAAGGAUUAUCAAUUGAUCUCAAACUAUAUCGAUGAGUGAUGAUUAUGUGCAAAUGGAAUCAAAUCUCAAGCCAAUGAUUAGCAAACGUGAUCAAAGAAUCAAAGAAAUAAUCACAGAGUUUAAUGCGUUUGACGUAAACAUUUGGCUAACUAUAUAUUUUGCUCUAGCUAAAUCUACUGAACACUUCUGAUGAAGAAUGUAAGGUUAGUUUUGAUCCGUUCCUGAAAUGUGAAAGUCAGUUUACGAACGGCUUUUGAAGACGCUAAGACUGAGAACCGUUUAAAUAUUUCGUAAUACAUACGCAUACAUUCACUUCACAUCAUGCUUUAAUACUUUGUGUAAUUAUACAUACGUACUAACCAUAGUUUAGUUUAGUUUGUGUGCAUAUUAUAAUAAUCUACCUGUGUCUUGCUCGGUUCCAAAGCGUUCCAGCAGAAUGUGAUCGACUUUUGAACUGUAAUUGACACUGGUAUUGGCCAUGUCAGAGAAUUUGGAGACGUCUCCCUUAGGCCUUAGGGAUACAAUGAGUGUUAAUCUCCACAUCAAUUUUAUAUUUGUUGUGUAGGAAUUAGAAGCGAAACUUCAGGAGAAAAACAGUCAAAUAUGGUAUGUAGAAAGGACAUUCUGUUCAAACGAACCAGUACAGGCGGCUUUUAAUGAUAACUUUGAUUCUUUUGUGCACUGAACUUUGAUUCUUUUGUGAACUUGUCUGUCUGCUCUGUACUUGUCUUUGAUUCUUUUUGAAAAAAACUUUGAUUCUUUUGUGCACUGAACUGUAGUUCAGUGCACAAAAGAAUCAAAGUUUUUUCAUGACAUAGGAAUCUUGAAAAAGAUAACAAGAGCUUAGCUCGAGACAACAGAGAGUUGGUGAUUGAAAACAACAAGCUACAAGACACUGUUUUCAGUUUACAAAAACAACGAGAAGAAAUGCAAACGGAAAUAGGCGAACUGCAAAUUCUUGUUGAAGAUUUAAAAAUACGACUGAGCGAAUCCGAGGCGGAACACAAACAGCUGAAGAAAGAAGAGCAGGAAUUGCUUGCAAAAAUGAACGUGAGUUUUCGUUGUGAAUACAAUUCUGUACUUCAAGAUAAUUCCUAAGAUACUUUGACCAAGACUUCAAUAACCAAAUUAAAUGCAUCUUUAAGGUGUAAUGUUACAUUGUUUCAACUCUUUUUUCUCUUCGACAGCUCCGUGGCUGGCUCUGUAAACGUGGAGUUAAAGGUAUCACAGGACAUCAGUGGAGACGAAGAUGGUUUGCCACGGACGAGAGUGGAAAACUGUACUACUAUAAACAAAAUAGUAAUUCCUCGCCACAAGGGUAAUAUAUGUACUUUAAAAAACUCAUUAAUAAUUCAGGAGGAAAACACAAAGAAAAAUCAUAAGCGUGUCGUAUCUUUAUAUGUGAUAAAAAAUCAUGUUAAUUUACGUAAACUUUACCUUUGAUUUUCUCGGUUUAGACAAAGUUUAUUUUAAAAAUUACUUCGCCAAUAAACUCAUAUAAGAUGAAUCGUUUUUUAAGCCAUUUAAAGCACUUGUAGACGUGUUUUAUCAGAUAUAAAACAUUCCUACGCAUGCUUUAAAUAGUACAUAGUACUAAUUGGUUUCGUAUAUACAAACUCGAGCCGAAUAAAUGGCCUGAUAAGAACAUUCGUAUUCUUUCAACAGUUUGAAAUAAACGAAUGAUAUUUGGUGAGACAAUUGAACUUAAAGUUUACGUAAAUCAGCAUGAUUUUGUAUCAGAUAUACAAACUUAUUCACGCUCAUGAUUUCUUGUGCAUUUUCUUCAUAAAUUAUUAAUGAAUUUCGCAAUUAUUUAUACUGGAUAGCUCUGUCAAUUCUAAACAGUUCUUUCAAAUGGUUCAGAGAAAGCCAUCUGAUAUUUAUCAGGUGUUAGCAGAAGAGCAAACUGGGGUACCCGCAGAAACGUUUGGUGUUUGGUAGAGUCAAACUGGAAGCAAUCUUCUCACAUGGAACAGAGGCGUAUUUUUAUCAGACAACUGCAUGAGUUGCUGUGAGAGUCGAAGAUAGUUUUUAAUUCUCGUUUUUCCCUUGAAGGUUUAUUGAUCUUGACAUGAUUAUCGAAGUACAAGAUCAGGCUGAGGACAAACAAGAUAAAAAUAAAGCUUCGUUUAAUGUUGUCGUCAACAAAAGAAAAUAUGAAUUAAUGGCGAGGGAUACUGAAGAAAAACAAAAGUGAGUCAUUAACAUCAGAUCACUUUAAAGUUAAAGUACUGUAAUUUACAUAGUACAUGCUUAACUCAACAGUGAGUUCUGUACAUGACAUCAGAUCACGUUAAGGUACAGCAGCUCACAUUCAAGAACAUGCACUGUCUAUGAUCUAUUGCAACCAUGCUUAACUCGACAGUGAGUUCUGUACAACAUCAGAUCACUUUAAGGUAGCUCACAUUCAAGAACCGAUGUACUACCUCUACAUGAUCUAACCAUGCUUAACUCAGCAGUAACUUUUGUACAACAUCAGAUCACUUUAAGGUAGCUCACAUUCAAAAACAUGUAUUACCUAUGUGUGAUCUAACCAUGCUUAACUCAGCUGUAAGUUUUGUACAACAUCAGAUCACUUUAAGUUAGCUCACAUUCAAAAACAUGUAUUACCUAUGUGUGAUCUAACCAUGCUUAACUCAGCUGUAAGUUCUGUACAACAUCAGAUCACUUCAGUUUAGGGUAGCUCACAUUUAAGAACAUGUACAAGUCAUGUACUACCUCUACAUGAUCUGACCAUAAACCAUGCUUUAAUUUGGGUAAAGACGUACCUAAAAUGCUCAUGUUUUGUGAUUGGCUUUCAGAAACAAAAAUGAUCAUUGUUCGUGACUCGUUCUUUAGAAAGACGAUUUCUAUAGUUUUAUAUAUUGUCUUUCAUUGUUAUAAUCAACCAACCACAAGACUGGAUAGUAUAGGUAGAUGAUGACUCUUUAAUUUAAAUUUUUUCUUGCAUUUUAGAUGGAUAAACGCGCUCGAUUACCUCAGACAUUGGCGAGGUCAUACUUCAAAAAUUCUAAACAACGGUCAAACAUCAAAUGGCGAAGACUCUCUUAAUCCAUUUCUUAAUCCAAAUAUCUGAACUUCAGCUAUGCUUUAAUUGUCUGCAAACGAGCGCAGAAUAACCUCCGCACUUUCUAGUCAGCUAGUAGACUGUUUUGAGGCUGCUCUCCACGGCUUUAUUGUAGGGUAACUGCAACGUUAUCACUCACACGUGGUUAUUGCACUGGGACAACUUUUUUUCGUAAACAAGUGCGUUUACGUUGGCAACAAACUCGUCCGCAUUUCGACGUGAAUAGUCGGCCGGCCAAGGUGGCAAAAAGUGCCUCUAAAGAGAGUUUGAUGGCAACUUUAUGUUAGAAGCUGGUAACAGGCAUUUUCUUAUACUUCAACCCUUGGUGAAUAUUAAAGACUCUGUGUGUUACCACUUCUGAUUUUUGCUUUAUAGCCAAACAUUUGAGAAUUUUAAAAUUUUGCCUAUUAAAUUACUAUGAUGGCAAAAAAUGUAAAAUUUCAUGUUCUCUUAUACAAAAAAUGAACUAUACCACUAGAAAGAUCACAAAAAACUAUAUAUAAGACAAUUAAGCGACUAGUGCGAUUUUCAAGCCGAUUUUGAAUUAAAGAUGGUUAAAGUUGGCAAAAUGGGUACUAAUUAGCAUUAAUUUGGUCAUUUCUGCAUUUUUUAGCAUUAAAAACUCGAAAUAGGAUUGGAAAAUUGUAGAACUCACUUAAUUGUCUUAUAUAUAGUUUUUUACGCUCUUUCUAGUGGUAUAGUUUAUUUUCCGUAUAAGAUAACUUGAGAUUUUACAUUUUUUCCGAUCAUAGUAAUUUAAUAGGCAAAAUUUAAAAGGUCUCAAAUUUUUGGCUAUAGAGCAAAAAUCAGAAGUGGUAACACAUAUAGUCUUGUUCACCAAGGCUUGAACUAUAAGAAAAUGCCUGUUACCAGCUUCUAACAUAAAGUUGCCAUCCAGUUGUACAAAAUGAUGACUUGGCCAGCCGUCUAGAACUGAUGCUGCAGUUCUGCCAGAAAUUUGUAUUUGUAUGUCGGUUUCAAAACAACAAAUGAUGGCCAACUCAUAGUCUAUCAAGAUAUUAUGGUGUGGAAACUGAACAGAAGUAAUUGUAUGAUGUUUUUGUCUGAGUUUAUGUUAAUUUGGGCACGGUGACUGUGCUUGAACUCAUUGUAUUUUCGAAUAUUGAAGUAAGCGUCCAAUAGAGAUAGCUGAGAUGAAAUGUGCAACCACGAUGAAUGAUAUUUAAUGAAGUUGAGACAAAGGAUUUGUGCACCGUCAGGUACAGUUCAACAUCAAACAAAGGUCUUCUAUUUUGUGGCUUUGAACUUUGCCUGGCUUACAAACCAUCAUAUCUUGACAGACUAUGGUCCACUUCAGAAAUGUUGAAACUUAGAGCAGCAAGGAAACGAAACUACAUGUCUCAAUUGUAUUUAUUCGCCACCAAAUACAAGACUACUAUAUAUAAUGAAAAGAAUGAACAUUAUUUUCUCACUCUGAUAACUGCUGGUUGAUCACCAUCUGAUGCACGACAGAAUCACCCAUAGGCGUACGGGAAGGAAAAAUUAGGGGGGGGGGGGCAGAAAGAAAUGUGCCCGACUUUUUCGAAUUGUGCCCGACAAAAAUAUUUCGGUCAGUGUACCAUUUUAGGGGUCCAAAAAUUUUUCGGACAUACCAAAAUUUUUCGGAACAUCAAACAAAUUUUCUCAAACAUCACAAAAUUUGCAGAAUUUAUCCCAUUUAUUUUUAUAAUAACCCAAUAUUGCCCGACUGUGAAGCGAAUAUUGUUCAACUGGCUUGGUUUGCCCAACAAACUGGGGUUAUUAUUACGAGAGAUUUUAUUGCUUUGACUACUUUUACCCCGACUUUUGCCCGACUUUUGUUGAACAUUCGCCCGACUUUUCGACUUUGUAAUCUUUUUUUUUUUUGGGAGGGGGGGGGAGCUGCCCCCCUCGUCCCGUACGCCUAUGGAAGCACCCAUGUAACUGAACAGAUAUAGGAUUAGUGCCUUACGACUCAAGUCUUAGAGAUGUGUAUGUUAAAUUAUUGUAAGUUCUAGUAUUUAAAUUUAUAGAUUUAAUGGGAUAUAUACGAAGCAUACAUAGUUAAUAUAUAAUUUAUAACGUAUUCGUUUUUUUAACUGAUGUAUUUAGAUUUUAAAAAACUUAUUAAUAAUUCAUGAGAAAAGAUAAAGGAAAUC